UGCGACGCUGAUAUAUCCGCCCCCUCCUCGAUCCUGUCGAAACGCCUUUCCAGAUCAUCGAUAGUGUGCAACGCUGCCGGGAUCCACGCGCCUCGGAUCCGACGCGAACCUCUCGCCACUGCCCAGGACAUCCAUCGUCUCAUAUCCAUGUCAAUCUAAUGUCAGCAAUUCUCCGUUUGGCUGGACUGCGUUCCCUCUUUCAGCUGUUGCCGCCAGGUGCCCGCGAGCCUGAACGGGAACGGGCAGCAGAUGGGGCAGCGGGCAGGUCUUUCUGGGGAUGGAUGGUAGUGCGAUCCGCCGCGCUGGGUCUCGUUCUCCGUACGUUGCACACGAUGGACUGGUGAGCACUACUUAUAGGAGGACAGGAUGGUUGGGCCAGCUGGGGGAGGGGGCUGCGGGUAGCAAACAAAGGGGUGGUCACGCUGGCAAUGGGAGACGUAAGCGUUUCUCUGACUUUUCAUGGCUGCCGACCAGUACCUUGGGUUGGGGGAGGGCAAUCUCUCCGGUUCCUAUUCGGAUUGAUGACAAUAGUAUUUUCCUCGGAGAUUUAAGAUGCGGCAUUUUCGAGGAAUUGUUGGGCUUGGAGACGGAUGGUCCAUGGUGGGGAGGGUUCCCUUCAUCCGUCGAUAUCUGGAUUCGUGUCGAUGUGGAGUGCCUUCAGUCGGUCAGCCAUUAUUACCUGUCUAUCUCAAUUAAUGCAUCAUUUGGCUUCUGGAGCCCCUUUUCUGCUCUAGAUUUGGCAGCUAGUUCUGGUUGUCUACGAUAGAUAUCAGUCCCCAAAGAAGAGGUACUGACGGAAGGGACCGUUUUUAUGGAGGACGACUUGGUGUGUCCCGCUGUAAUGAAGAUAGUACUAAUCAUCGCUGUUUCU